ACCUUCAUCUUUCUUGGGACCCCGGAAGAAAUCUGCUUCAUGUACGUCACAAACAGAAUAGUUGGAACCGAGUUGGACCCCAAAGAUAGACAGAAGAUAAGGCGAUUUCCCACUUCCAAACUCCUGCCGAGGAAGACGAGCACCAGGGUUUAAGCUCCUGCAAUCACACCGAAAGCGCCUUGUUAGUUGACGUAGGGGAUUUCUCGGGCUGAAUGCGGAGUUCUUCACCACAAGUGAACUCUUGCAACGAACUCGUUGCCCCAUCAAGGCUGGUUAGUUACGAAAGUCACCGGGAACAGUUUUUCGAUUCAUUAGUUGCAGUGCUGCGGUCACUUUUUCAAUGUUCCCACAUUCAUUCAAAAUGUUGUAUCCCGCAUGUAACCAAUCACAUGUCCUACUAUGCUUCCCUAGUGGGUAGGCACAGCCCUGUUCUAUACACCGCAAGAUACCGAUGGAAUACUGAACACGACUUACCCAUCUCGUUUUGCGGAACCACCUUACGCGUCUUCAAAAAACUGGCAAAGUGGGAGUCCGUCAUGAAAUCCGCGUGUCCUUUUCCUGCAAAUAUCAUCGAGCACACAAUACCAACUAGGUACACCCGCUGACCAUACUGAUUAACAAUGUGAUUCGACGCAUCUGUAGAAACGCAGAACAGCAAUUGAGUAUCUCGAACCCUCCUGCCGAUACUAGGGAAUCCUGUACCACCCGGAACUCUCCAAUACCGCGCCAGUUUUGCAUUUGAGGCAGAGGUGAUUGCAAGAUGACUUAGAACUUCGCUCCCACGUACAUAAGCCUCUGGAAUGUAUCGCUCGUCGACACAUGCGCUAAUGUUGCGGGAUAAAGUAUCAGCAGAAAUGUUAUCACUGUCUCCUUUGGGCUGAUCAGAGGAAGC